AUGAAUCCAGAUUAUCAUUAUUUAUUCAAAUUAUUACUCAUUGGUGACAGUGGUGUAGGCAAAUCCUGUUUAUUAUUAAGAUUUGCUGAUGAUACAUAUUCUGAAAGUUUCAUCUCAACCAUUGGUGUCGAUUUUAAAAUCAGAACCAUUGAAUUGAAUGGAAAGACUAUUAAACUCCAAAUUUGGGAUACUGCUGGUCAAGAAAGAUUCAGAACCAUCACAUCUAGUUACUACAGAGGUGCACAUGGUAUUAUCGUUGUCUAUGAUGUUACAGACAGAGUAACUUUUGACAAUGUUAGACAAUGGCUCCAAGAAAUUGAUAGAUUCGCAUGCGAGAGCGUAAACAAGUUGUUGGUAGGUAACAAGAGCGAUCUUGUUGCCAAAAAGGUUGUAGACUACAACACUGCCAAGGCUUUUGCCGAUUUAUUACAAAUUCCAUUCCUUGAAACCUCUGCCAAACAAUCAACCAACGUCGAACAAGCUUUCAUGACCAUGGCAACUGAAAUUAAAAAUAGAUUAACUGCAUCUCAACCAACUCAAACUGUUGACCGUAACAAAGUUGUACCAGGAACUUCUCAACCAAUCCAAGCCAAGUCAGGAUGCUGUUAA